AUGCAAAAACCCAGUCUUGACCUUGAGAUGAAAGAUGUUGCCCCCCCAAGCACGAUGAUGGACGGAACUUAUGGGGCACCUAUAGACGACGAUAUUCGAUCUCCCCGUACUCCAACCUAUGUUCCAACAUCCCCAACCUUUUCUAAAGUGACAGCUUUCGACCUCUCCCGCAUCUUUGGGCCUAACGAGACAAGCAUUGCUGGUGCUCCAAAGUCUGCUCAUCUUCCCCCGGAGCCUGUGAAACCAUUGGCUUGGAUCUGGCAAUGCCACCUUUGCAGAACACGAUACCCUCUUGGCGUGACCAGGCGUUGUUUACACGAUGGUCAUUUCUAUUGUUCUGGGGAAACGGAUCGGCCAAAUCUGAAAAAGAAGAAGAGAGGCCAGAGCUGUUCAAGUGAGUUUGAUUACAUUGGUUGGAGGGAGUGGGGAGAGUGGAAAAGAAAGGUACUCGGCAACUUGGAGAAUGGGAUUGAAAUUAAAUCCCGCCCAAGAGGUUGCCAAAAGUGUGAAUUCCCAGGCCAAUGCAGAUAUGCCUCCAGCCAUACAUCCUUUGAAGACACGGUGAUGACUGAAAAGAAAGGAGACGGGCCGUCAGCCUCUCUCAUGCCGGAAGGGUCUAAUAUCUCUUCGUUGCUGUACGAGAAGAGGGAUGUAUCAGAGACUGUCACCUUUGAUUCGAUCCUUGCAACCGUUCCUGGCGAGCGGGAUAAGAAGUCGAAGCUGAGAAGUGCAGACCUCCAGAUCAAUACAAAGAUAGGUACCAAAUCCUCUGCCACCAAGACCCUGUCUGUCAAAAACAACUCCGCCGUCUUUGACAGGGUGGCCAAAUCGGCCGAGAAACGGUCUGGCAAAAAAGAGUCCGCCCUUUCACCAAUUGCAGAAGAAUUCUUUUCCAAUGGAGAUCUCGCGGGAAGUUCAUUUGCUGACAUGGCGCUUCAGUCUUGGAACGAUAUUGUAGAAUUCGGAAAGGGGUUAUCGAAAAUAGAUGAGGAUUGCAUGGACCUCACCUGA